AAGCAGAGUGUGAAGCCGCCGGAAGUGCCUGUGGCACCGGUAUUUUUAAUAGAAAGAAUGUCUGUGCUUAAUGUUAUUUUCCGAGAGAGUGUCCGGGGUCUUUCGCGGUGUCGGACCUUACAGACAAUACCAUCCUUGUUUUGUGCAUGCGCCAUCACAUCUGGAAACAGACAAUUGGGAACUUCAAAGCAUGUAUUACGGACGCAAUCCACAGAAGUUGCGGCGCCUGCCAUACAGUCAAGAAUAAAAGAACUGAUAACGAGCAGUGAUGAGCCAGACACACUGUACAAGAAAAUAGAAGUGUUAGCAAAAUGCCACGACAGAGCUGUGCUGGACAGUUACGAGUAUUUCGCUGUCCUCGCAGCCAAGGAGCUGGGAAUCACCAUGGAGAAGGUGCAUGAGCCUUCAAAGAAGAUUGAACGUUUCACUCUUUUAAAAUCCGUGCACAUCUACAAAAAGCACAGAGUUCAGUAUGAGAUGAGGACACAUUACAGGUGUUUCGAGUUGAAGCACUUAACCGGCAGCACGGCAAACGUCUAUCUCGAAUACCUACAGCGUAAUCUUCCCGAGGGAGCUGCCCUGGAGAUAACUAAAACUACACUAGAGAGGCUACCAGACCAUAUAAAAAAACCUGUAUGGGACCAGCUAUCAAACGAAGACACUGGGAAGAAUGCUUAAACCUGUCUUGGGGUAUUUAAAAUGAGUAAUAAAAGGAUGGACAUAUCUAA